ACAUGGACAACUGUCCGCUGAAUUUAAGGUUGUGUUUGUGUUUACAGUGCUGGACACUCAGGGAAUGGUGUACUGAGUCCAUGUUAUACAGAUAUUUGGUUAAAUAUAUUUGGGGAUGAUGAGGAAAACACCAGAGUCAUUGUGCAAACCCCUGCCAUACGAGAUAACAAAACAUGCAGCUACAACGGAAGAUCGUGAAAGAAUUGUUUUGAAUUUCCUGGAGACUUCCUUACCGAAUUCUGAUGUUAAUGAAAUUACUACUGAACUUAAAAAGACAUUUAUUUUUGGUAAAUUAAAGUCACACGAUGGGAAGAAGAAAGUUUUGCCGAAAAAAGGAAAAUUUUUGAGCAGCAGGAAGAGAAAACUGUUGGGAUUGAAAAAUAUAGGUCCUGAGAGUGAAUUGAAGUACAAGGACCUCGAGUCACUCAAUCAUUUAUGGCUGGGGUAUAUCCAGCAGGCUUUGGGUGUACGUUAUUUUGGCGAAUUGCCCACCAGUCCUGUCGAUGCACGGUGGGAAAUUACUAAUCAAAAAUUGAUGAGAGCUGAUCUACAUGGGGCGAAAGUUACUGUUGCCAGAUCCAAGUGUCCAAGUUUGGUGGGGAUUCAGGGAAUUAUUUUGCAGGAUACGAGGAAUACUUUUAGGGUGAUAGGGAAGGACGAUAAAAUCAGGACUAUUCCAAAAGAAGUCGUUGUACUAAAAAUUCAUCUUCCCGGCGCCACCCUAGAAUUAUUCGGCAAAGAAUUAUGCAUAAGGCCAGCAGAACGAGCAGUGAAGAAAUUCAAAGCAAAUCACUUGGGAGAAUUAUAACGCACGAUAAAAUCCAAAGUACUGCCAGCAAAAUUCUAAAUAAAACUGCAUCACGUUCAGACAUAUUUCGUGUUCACAAGCUGUCGUUUAUUUCGAUAGCCAUCAGGAUCAUGCCCCGGUACAUUAAUUUACAAUUAAUAUAAUUUUACAGUUUCGAGGUAAAAGCCCAUCAACCAAUUUAAUAUAUGUCUCUAUCACGAAGUAAACUACAAUAUUUUCAACGUUACUUUGCUUUCAAUUUCUUUAUUUCUUCCAUUCUUUUACGGCCCUAAUCGUACAUAUAUAUACUUAUAUUAAUUACCACUAUAAUAUAAUAUUAUAUAGUUGUAUAUAUUUAUACUUUAUUUAUAAUUAUCAAUCAUUCAUGUUUAACUUGUCAUUUGUAUUCAUUUCCAAUAUUCUCAAUAUAAUAUAAUAUUAAUGACAAAAAUUCAAAUUCGUCGAAUUGAUAAAUCAUAUUAAAAAAAAAGGAAAAGAGCAAUAUAAAUACCAAUAACAACGUGCGGUAACCCGAUCUGUUGCUCCCAGUUUAGGGAUUCGAAUUUCUACGGUUUCAUCUUGAUUAUCUUUUUUAUUU